AUGUCCUGGCAGAUAGCGAGCAAGGAUAAGGAUUUUCGUUACAUGGGAACAUCGGAUCUGCUGAACGAGCUGAACCGAGACACGUUCCGCAUCGACCCGGACAGCGAGAAGCGCCUGUGCCACGUGGUGCUGCAGCAGCUCGACGACGCCUCGGGCGACAUCUCCGGCCUCGCCGUCAAGUGCCUGGUGCCGUUAGUGAAGAAGGUGAGCGAGGCGCGCGUGGCGGAGAUGAGCGCGGCGCUGGUGGGGAAGCUGCUGACGGGGAAGGACCAGCAGCGCGACAUCGCUGCCAUCGCGCUCAAGACCGUUGUGGCCGAGGUCGCGUCGCCGCCCGCCAUCCACCACCUGCUCGCGUCCCUGCCGGCCAGACUCACCGCUGCUAUCGACUCCCCGGACACGAGCGUGGACGUGAAGGGCGAGUGCCUGGACGUGCUGGGGGACGUUCUGCAGCGGUUCGGAGUGGUGAUGGCCGGUGACCACGAGCGGCUGCUCGUGCCCCUGCUGCAGCAGCUCUCCUCCCCCCGCGCCUCUCUUCGCAAGCGAGCCACCCAGUGCCUGGCGAGUCUGGCGGCGAGUCUAUCGGACGACCUGUUGGCGAGGGCGACCAAGAGCGUGGUGGCACUGCUGCAGCGCACUGACCUCAAGCCCGACAUGACUCGCUCCUACAUCCAGAUGGUCGGCGCGCUCUGCCGGGCGGUGGGGUACCGCUUUGGGCCGCAACUGGCAGUGGUGCUGCCGCUCGUGGUGGGCUUCUGUGAGGGCGCCUCUGAGAACGACGACGAGAUCCGCGAGUACUCCCUGCAGGCAUUGGAGAGCUUUGUGGUGCGGUGUCCCAAGGAUGUGGCAGAGCACUGCGAGGCGAUCUUGGACCUGGCGCUCAAGUACCUGAGCUACGACCCCAACUUCACUGAUGACGCCAUGGAUGGCGACGGGGAGGGCGAGGGCGAGGAGGAAGAUGAAGAUGACGAGGACGAGGAGGAGGAGUACAGUGACGACGAGGACGUGAGCUGGAAGGUGCGGCGAGCAGCAGCGCGGUGCAUCGCUGCCAUCACCACGUCUCGCCCUGAGAUGCUAUCCACGCUCUACGCCAAGGCGAGCCCGAAGCUGAUCGAGAGGUUCAGAGAGCGUGAGGAGAAUGUCAAGGUGGACGUGUUCAAUGCGUUCAUCGACCUGCUCCGACAGACAGGCCACGUCACCAAGGGCCAUGCCUCCCCUGCUGAUGUGCCACCUGGCAGUCCGCUGGCAGUGUUGAGGGAGGAGGUGCCUCGCAUCGUGCGCUCGCUCAACAGACAGCUCAAGGAGAAGUCGCUCAAAACACGGGUGGGAGUGUUCAGUGUGCUCAAGGAGUUGGUGCACGUGCUGCCCAACUGCCUCACAGACCUCAUCGCCCUCCUCAUCCCCGGCAUUCAAAAAGCGCUCUCUGACAAGGCGUCCAACUCCAACCUCAAGAUCGAGGCGCUUCUCUUCACUCGCUUGGCCAUGGCCUCCCACCCGCCCCAUGUCUUCCAGCCGCACAUCAAGGAGCUGGCGGCGCCAGUGGUGGCAGCGGCAGGAGAGCGGUACUACAAGGUGACAGCAGAGGCGCUCCGAGUCGUGGGCGAGAUGGUCAAGGCCAUUCGCCCCCCCGCUCCCCAGGAUAGCAGCUUUGAUUUUGCACCGUACGUGCCGCUCUUCUACGAUGCGGUCAUGAAGCGCCUCACUGCCCAAGACCAGGACCUCGAGGUGAAGGAGUGCGCCAUUGGCUGCAUGGGGCUGCUGGUCUCCAUCCUGGGCGACCACCUCCAAUCACAUCUCGCCACGUGUCUGCCCCUCCUGCUGGACCGCCUGCGCAACGAGAUCACCCGCCUCACAGCCGUCAAGGCGUUCGGCACGAUAGCAGAGUCACCGCUGCACAUCAGCCUGUCAUCUGUGCUCGACCCCACCCUCGCUGAGCUCACCUCCUUCCUGCGCAAGGCCAACAGGUCGCUGCGCCAGGCGUCCCUCUGCACGCUCAACGCCAUGCUCUCAGCCUAUGCGCCCGACAUCACAGACGCCGCCAGGGAUGCUCUCCUCACAGAGCUCGCCCCGCUCAUCAGUGACUCGGAUCUGGCACUGGCAGCGCUGGCGCUGCAGCUGUGCUGCUCCGUGACCAGGCAGGCGCCCCCCGGGUCCGCUGCUGCAGCAGCUGUGGCCUCCAAAGUGCUGCCCCAGGCGCUCGCCCUCGUGCGCUCGCCGCUGCUUCAGGGGCAAGCUCUGCAGGCCCUGCAAGAGUUCUUCGCAGUGCAAGUGCAGGCAUCAGCCACGUCCUUUGACGCGCUGCUCGCCGCGCUGCUCUCAGCAGGCCGCCCCUUCUCCUCCUCCAUGUCCCCCGCUGCCGCUGCCGCAGCCGCCUCCUCCUCUGCUGCUGCCCGCCCCGCCUUCUCGUCAGUGGCGCAGUGCGCCGCUGUGCUGUGUGUGGCUGCUGGGUCUGACCAGUGUGCUGCCACUGUGAGGGCGCUGAUGAGCAACCUAGAGGGUUCUGCUCACCCUGCUGACACGCACAAGCAACUGCUUUCCCUGCUGUGCCUCGGCGAGAUAGGCCGGCGGGUGGACCUGAGUGCACACAGCACGCUCCCCACCCUCGUCAUGUCCGCACUGGCGUCGCCCCUAGAGGAGGUGAAGGCAGCAGCAUCGUUUGCGCUGGGGAGCAUAGCGGUGGGCAACCACAGCCAGUACCUGCCGUUCGUGCUGCAGCAGAUCGACUCGCAGCCCAAACUGCAAUACCUGCUGCUGCACUCGCUGAAAGAGAUCAUCUCUGGGCGAGCGGCGAGUGGCGGCAGUGCGGCAGUGGAGCUGGAGGGGGAGAACGUGGGCAAGGUGUUGGCGCUGCUGUUCACACACAGCGAGAGCGACGAGGAGGGCGUGCGGAACGUGGUGGCCGAGUGCCUGGGCCGCCUUGCUCUCAUCGACCCUCCUAGACUCGUGCCCGCUCUCAAGGAGCGAGUGGGCAGCCCAUCCGCGUUCAUACGAGCCACGGUGGUGGCGGCACUCAAGUUCACUCUCACUGACUCCGCCCAGCCCAUCGACGAGCACCUCAAGCCGCACCUCUCCUCCUUCCUCUUCCUGCUCCGAGACUCCGACAGGCAUGUGCGGCGGGCAGCAGUGCUGGCGCUGACGACAGCAGCACACAACAAGCCAGGGUUGGUGGAGGACCUCCUGCCAGAGCUGCUGCCGCUGCUGUACGACCAGAUGCGAGUCAAGCCUGAGAUGAUCCGGACCGUUGAUCUGGGCCCAUUCAAGCACACAGUGGAUGAUGGGCUGGAGCUGCGCAAGGCAGCCUUCGACUGCAUGGACACGCUCCUCUCCACCUGCCUGCACCGCAUCCAACCUGCCGCCUUCAUCACCCCCUUCCUCAUCUCUGGCCUCUCGGACAACUACGAUGUGAAGAUGCCAUGCCACCUGGUGCUGGCGAAGCUAGCAGAGAAGUGUGCCCCAUCGGUGCUGGCAGUGGUGGAUGCACUGGUGGAGCCAUUAGAGAAGACUGUGACGACGCGUGUGAAGGCAGACGCAGUGAAGCAGGAGGUGGACCGCAACGAGGACAUGAUCCGCAGCGCUCUACGCGCCGUGCACGCGCUGUCCCGCAUCAGCAUGGCAGGAAGGAAGCAGGUGAGUUGUGUGGGACGAGUGAAGCAGGAGGUGGACCGCAACGAGGACAUGAUCCGCAGUGCCCUGCGCGCCGUGCAUGCUCUCGCCCGAAUUAGCGCCUUGGUGGUAGUGGCGGUGCUGCAGCUGCUGCUCCUACUGGCGGGUAACGCCGUGCCGAGCGCGGGUCAGGACACGAGCCAGCAGCAGUGCUUCUGGCCGCUCAACGACACGGAGGCGGAAAUUCUAUUCAGAGUUUCACUCAGUGUAGAUUACUUUCCCCUCGACCUGGCUUACAUCACCACCUGCGUCAACGUUGGCGUCACAUGCAGCGACAGUGGCCACGUCAGGAAAAUCCAAUGGCAGAGCAUGGCAAUUCAAGGGGAGCUGCCUUCAGAGAUUUUCCAGCUGGUGCACCUUGAAUACCUGUCUCUGCGAGACAACUACCUGCGUGGCUCCAUCCCCUCUGAAAUUGGCAACCUCGUCGAUCUCACAUUUCUGGACAUCUCCAACAACUCCUUCUCAGGCCCCUUCCCCACCUUCUUCAGCAGACUCACCAAGCUCGCCUUCCUGGACAUGGGAUUGAACAAGUUUUCGGGCAGCCUUCCAGAUGCCAUCGGCAACAUGGUCUCUCUCAUCGACCUGUUCGUGAAGGAAAAUGACUUCACAGGGGCACUGCCCACCGUCAUGGGGCGCCUCACCAACCUCCACUUCUUAGACGUGUCACACAACCGCCUGUCAGGGACCAUCCCCCAGUCCUUCUCCAGCAUGGCCAGCCUCGGCACCAUUUGGCUGCACCACAACUUGUUUUCGGGGUCGCUGGCGCCCCUCGCUGCUCUCUCCUACCUCACGAACGGCCUCGCAGGUCCCCCCUCCCACACCCAAAACUCACCUCGUCCCUCCUCCCACACCCACCCCUCCUCCCACACUAACCCCUCCUCCCACACCCACCCCUCCUCCCACACUAACCCCUCCUCCCACACCCACCCCUCCUCCCACACUAACCCCUCCUCCCACACCCACCCUCCCCCCUACCAUGUCCCCUCUACUUCUCACCCCUCUGCUUCUGGUCCCUCUGCUUAUGACCCCUCUGCUUCUGACCCGUCUGUUUCUCACCCCUCUGCUUCUCACCCCUCUGCUUCUGACCCCUCUGCUUCUGACCCCUCUGCUUCUGACCCCUCUGCUUCUGACCCGUCUGUUUCUCACCCCUCUGCUUCUCACCCCUCUGCUUCUGACCCCUCUGCUUCUGACCCCUCUGCUUCUGACCCCUCUGCUUCUGACCCCUCUGCUUCUGACCCCUCUGCUUCUGACCCCUCUGCUUCUGACCUCUCUGCUUUGAAGCCCUCCGCUU